ACUUGCACGGUUGCACGUACUUCCAGCUUAAACCCCAGAGGUUUUGAAAGUGGCAAAACGUCUCUCAUGGCUUCUCUCUCUUUCACUCAUUUUCUUUCUCCGCCCAGGUGGGAUUUAAAUUGGCAGUAUCGAUCAUCGUUUAACUUAAUACAACUUCAGGAUUUUAGAUUAAAUAAUAAAAGGUGCCUUGCGGCUACUUCAAGGAAGAAAAUUGUGGAGGCUCUAGCUCAGGAGGAAAUGAGUGACAAUGACGUAGUUGCAAAAAAGAAGACAUCCAGGACAUCUAAACGAGCUACCACCAAACGAACUAGGAAGAAACCAGAAACUGAUGCGAUACAGGAGAAUUCUGAAUUGGAGAUAGAUAAGAUAGAUAGUGAUGCUUCAAAUGAGGAAAGUGUCAUUUCUGCAUCAAAUGAAGAUACUAAGAAAACCCCACGAAGGACUCGAAGAAAAGCUGCAUCAGCUUCUACUGGUGUGGAGAAAGAAAAAACCAAGAAGAAAGUGAGGAGGAGAAAAACUACAAAAAAGAUUGGUGAUGUUACAGAGGAUCAAGGUAGUGAAUCUGAUGUUAGUGACGCUGAGGAGUCUAUAUUCGUCACAAAUGUAGUGGAUGAAGGUGAGGGAGACUUAGAGUUGGAAAAGGAUGAGGGAGAAGACAUUAGCUUCACGUAUGGUUGGCCUCCACUUGUUUGUUGCUUUGGAUCUGCGAAACAUGCUUUUGUGCCAUCAGGAAGGCCAGCCAACAGACUACUAGAUUAUGAAAUCCAUGAAAGAAUGAGUGAUGCGCGAUGGGCUCCAGAGAAAUUUAUUAGGGCUCCUGGGGGAUGUGCAGCUAGUGUUGCAAUAGCUCUAGCAAGUUUGGGUGGUAAGGUUGCCUUCAUGGGGAAACUUGGGGAUGAUGAGUAUGGUCAGGCCAUGCUAUAUUACUUAAAUAUGAGUGAUGUUCAAACACGAUCUGUUCGCAUUGACACUAGAAGGAUGACAGCAGUGUCACAGAUGAAGAUUAGUAAGAGAGGUCGUUUCAGAUUUACUUCUGUCAAACCAUGUGCUGAGGAUUCUAUGUCUAAGUCUGAGAUCAAUAUUGAUGUGCUGAAGGAGGCAAAGAUGUUUUACUUCAGCACACAUUCUCUCCUUGAUAAAAACAUGAGAUCAACUACAUCGCAAGCUGUCAAGAUUUCAAAGAAAUUAGGAGGGGUUGUUUUUUAUGAUGUGAACCUUCCCUUGCCAUUAUGGCAGUCUGUUGAAGAAACCAAGAUGUUCAUACAACAAGCUUGGAAUCUUGCCAAUGUUAUUGAGGUUACUAAGCAAGAACUUGAAUUUCUAUGUGGUAUCAAGCCCAGUGAAGAAUUUGACACCAAAAACAAUGCGAGAUCUAAGUUUGUUAAUUAUGAACCAGAAGUGAUUGCUCCACUUUGGCACGAAAAUCUUAAGGUUUUGUUUGUUACAAAUGGGACUUCUAAGAUACACUAUUACACGAAGGAGCACAAUGGUGUGGUUCAUGGGAUGGAGGAUCCACCUCUGACCCCUUUCACUUCUGAUAUGUCAGCAUCUGGAGAUGGCAUCGUUGCAGGUUCAAUCUUGUUAAUUUUUAAUAUUUAUUGAUGUGCAGGGCCACCA